AUGGCCACUGGAGCAGCGGCUGAGAUGAUGCUCCGGUGUGUCCUUGAAGGAAGCCUAGUGAUGCAAGAAAUUGAGAUCAAGCGAAGACCAUAUCAUCGCAACUGCAGCUGUGCCCUGCACAACUUAAAGGGUGUCUGCUCUUCCGCUUGUCCUCGUACAAGGAGUAUAUCGUUUUCCAAGAAAAAGACCUGGAGUGAUUGUACCUUGUCCAUGGCAACUUCCCAUUUCUCUUCCCAAUCUUCUCUUCCUGGUGGCUCUUCCGUUAGAAGCAUGGAAUCAAAGACAUCAAGGGGGUUUUGCUGCACAGAUGGUGAAAAUAUGUCAGAGGUUUGA